GUGAAAUAAAAAUUCAAUCAUUAGAUAUCAGACUAAAGCAAAGCAAAGUACAAUUUACUUGAACGAUAACUACAAUGCGCGCGGCAACAAUCUUUCUACUCGUGGCCGUUUUGACCAUCAGCACCUAUAUGGUGCAUGCUGAUCCUAUUCCCGAACCGGAGGCGAACCCGAAACCCGGGGCAGACCCGGAACCCGAGCCAUACCCCGACCCCGAGCCAUACCCGGAACCCAUGCCAGACCCAGAAGCUGAGGCGAGUCCCGUCUAUGUUGACGGAUGA